AUGAUCACCGGUCUUCACCAUAUCAACUUGGUGGUCCCUCCAUCAACCCUGCACCAUGCCAACGAAUUCUACGCCUCCACCCUUGGUCUCACACCACGCGCAGUGCCCCAUCUGCAGCGCGAAACGCUCGCAUGGUUUGACAUUGGUAGCUCAGGCCAGCAAGUCCACAUCGCCAUCGGCAAACCCGAAGACUUCACUCAUUCUUCAUCGCGCCAUCCAUGUUUCAGAGUAGGCAGCGUCGAACUGCUGAAUGAGCUGAGAGUGAGGAUAUGGGAGCACCACGAAAAGGGAGGAGAGAGUGCGCCUUUGGAAGCAGAUCGACCUGGAGCGAAGAACAGUGGGGCUGAGGGUGUAGAGUAUCCCACAAGGUUCUUCACGAGGGAUUUUGCGGGAAACAGGUUGGAGUUUAGUGUGUGA